GGCAGAGGCACGCGGGGGAGACGGGUAUGUUGGAAAAGGGGCGCUCGAGCGUGAUGGUUUCCUGGUUCGCGCCGAGGACAGCACUUGAUCUUAUGAAUUGCGGCAUGCUCUACAGGAAGAAACCCAAUGAAGAUCCUUAAUGCUUCCACUAUCGUUUGUGAAGCGACUGUUGCGCGGACGCAGCUGUGCGCCCGUCUGCUGCCAGGGAGUAGGCAUAGAACCUGGCCUUACCUGACAACCGACACAGGCUGUCCAAAAUGCCGUAAAGCGAAUCUGGAUACGACUCCUGGGCAGAAAUGUGAUACAACAUCGUUCGCAUCCGUUCAAGCUUCGGAGGACUCACUUCCCGGCCUCUCAAAACUCGCGCAGGCUAGCAUGCUUCUCAUCUCCCGCGCGAUAAUUGCUCAUGCACUUCCCCUUUCGCUCUCAACGGCCUAUAUAUUCGGCGUGAUUGCGUCGCUACUUGCGGUAUCGGAAGGAUGGAAAUCGCGCGUCGGAACUGUUCUAGUGCAUCGUCGUUCGAGGAAGCAGCGUCUAGGUGAUCAUCUGGUUCAGCCAUGUUGGAUCUUCCAGGUUCUUGCGAUGGCGAAGCAACGGAGGUGAAGUCUGAUUAGAGUUGGUAGUGACCCCAGGCGUCGGUAGUGCUAGCGCAGGUGGAAAAUGCCUCAGGGCGUGCCUAGAGCGCGGGAAUUGCGACGAACAUGUGAGAAGACCUGGAAUGGACAGGGUAGAAUGUUGCAUUGAAUUGUGCUGGUGGUUUGAGAGUGA